UCAAUGGCAGCUUUCAGUGUCAAAACCUUGUCCGCAGUCGUUUUCGGUACAAUUUGAACACACUCUGUAGUAAUAUGCCAUGGAGAGAUAUAUAAACCAUUUUAAAAUAUAUAUAGUGGAUAACACCUUUAAUUUGGUAGCGAGGGUUUACAGAUCACAAUAAGAGCGGGAGAAGCCUCAUUUUACGGUCGUCACGAUUGCAGAUGACAACAUCUAGGAUCGACUGUUCAUGUACGGCAGGCCAAUCAGAGCAGAUGGGGCGUGGCUACUGUUCUCAGUUGGACAGGGCUAGUUGAAAAGAAAGAGAUGCUUUCCUGAAAGACGUGGAGAAGCUCUCCUCUGCGCGAGACGUACUGUUCUGGGGUUUGGCAGUGAGUGAUGACUACAACACGGGCAGCUCCUCUCUGACACGCACAUACAUACAAACACAAAGAAACAGACGCUGGAUGUCACAAAUGAACCGAGGCAGGUGCAGUUUCUUUACUUGGAUGGAUCAUGCAUAUGGGUUGCUUCGUAUGGAUUUAUCAUCUUUCUGAUUUUAAUCUUCUCUCUGCUUGUGUCCUCCUUAUUUUCCUGCAGCUCACAUAUUGAUCGGGAAGAAGAUCAAUCCGAAAUACACAUCUGACUUUCUUUUCUGGCUUGCCAACAAACCGCCGGGACUCUUUCUGAAAAACUGGCUUUGAAAGUUUCAAUUCAGUUUUUCCCUCGAACAGAUCGAAACCAAAAGCCACAUUUUGCUUACAUGCAUGAAGAACUCCACACACAAGGUUUGAACAUAGUUGCACGCUCUCUUUGGAGCAAGGAUUGUCAAUUCGAUACCUGGAUUACCCUUUUGACUGCCCGGUGAACCCUUGUGAAUCACAGCGGAGGAGGGAAAGGUACGUCAGGGCGUCUGCUGUCUUUUAAAUCGGACCGAGAAUAAAAGGCUGUGACAAGCUGAUCGGAUAAAGCACUUUCGGGACAGGAACCACCCUUCACAGUCGGGGUCAAAGGGAUUGGAACAAGAAUGCUGGCGCCAGGUGCCCAGAGGCAGGAUGGCAUUGUGUUGGCAGAGAGCUACGGUUGUUAGAUGGUUCCUCUUGAUGCUCCUCUGGCAUUGGGCACCUCUGGGCCCACUGAGCUGGUUUCUGGCUCUGGCUGAGCGUCUGGACCAGAAAACAUCACCUUUCUCUUCUAUCUCCGGUCGGACCAGCGGCCAGCUGGAUUGGCUCCUGUCUGAUAAAGGGCCCUUCCAUCGCUGUCCAGAAUACACCGAGUUUAAAGAACGGUUCCAGCAAGGCUUCUCCACGCGCUAUAAAAUCUACAGGGAGUUUAGUCACUGGAAAGUGAACAGCUUGGUCACAGAGAAGAGAGACUUCUUCAAAGCUCCACUGCCUCUGGCGCCGGAAUUUUUACGCAACCUUAGGCUUCUGGGGAGACGGCCGAGCCUCCAGCAGAUCCACGAAAACCUGAUCAAGAAAUAUGGCACACAUUUCUUGGUAUCGGCCACACUGGGAGGGGAGGAGUCGCUCACAAUCUUCCUGGACAAACAGAAGCUGAGCAAAAAGUCGGAUGGCAGUGGCAACAGCUCUGUGGUCUCCCUGGAAAUCCUGCACCAGUUAGCAGCGUCGUACUUCACGGACAGAGAGAGCACCCUGCGGCGACUACACCACCUGCAGAUCGCCACAUCUGCCAUCAAGGUAACGGAGACCAGGACGGGGCCUCUCGGAUGCAGUAACUACGACAGCCUGGAUUCCGUCAGCUCCGUCUUAGUGCACAGCCCGGAAAAUAAAAUCCAUCUGAAAGGUCUACAGGAUGUACUUCCCGAGUACCUGCGGAAUCGUUUUGUGGAGGCGGCCCUCAGUUACGUGGCGUGUAAUUCGGAGGGCGAACUACUGUGUCGCAACAAUGACUGCUGGUGCCGCUGCUCUACAAAGUUCCCCGACUGUAACUGCCCCUUCGCGGAUAUCAAAGCCAUGGAGGAGAGCCUCAGAAAGAGCAAGGAGUCCUGGAGCAACCUCAACAAUGAGUUUAUGGAGUCAGACGAGUUCAAGGCCUUUCUGAGGAAGCUGCCGCCGGAUCAUUUUUUAAACACCUCCGCUAUCUUAAGGUUCUGGACGUCAGAUCUGGUCCUGCAGAGACGUUAUGGUCUGUUGGAGGCCAGUACUAAAGCGGUGCUGGGAAAAGCCAUCAAGAUAGUUCGCAAGCUCUUUGCUCUCAGCAAGCGCUGUCCCGCACAGCCUCAGAUCAGCCUGCCUAGAGAAAGGACACUGGCUUUUUGGCUGAACAAAGCCCAGUCUCUGUUGUACUGCAGCGAGCACGGCGUGCAUGGCACCUUCUCCGAGCAACUGCAGGGCUGCAUCUGUCCCGCAGACCAACGCAACGUUUGCCAGGGCACCGUUCCCUGUAGGGUCGGUGAGGGGACCCUCUGUUCGUCCUGUGCCCCAGACAACAUUACCCGCUGCGGAAUAUGCCUCCCAGGCAGCAUCCUCCAUAUGGGCUCCUGUCGUCCCAACAUUGCCAACUCUUUGGACCACUACGUCAACUUUGACUUUGAUAUGCCAGACGUGGAGAUGCGUCACCUCCUCCAAAGGUUAGACAGCCGUAUGGAGGUCCACGCCAUCUACAUCAGCAACGACGUGCGCCUGGGCAGCUGGUUCAACCCAGCGUGGAGGAAGCGCAUGCUGCUCACCCUGAAGAGCAACAAGAACAAGUCCAACCUCAUCCAUAUGUUGAUGGGGAUCUCUUUCCAGAUCUGUUCCACCAAGAACAGCACGCUAGAACCCGUGCCUGCAAUCUAUGUCAACCCCUUCGGGGGCAGUCACUCGGAGAGCUGGUUCAUGCCCAUCAACCAGCAGGACUUUCCAGACUGGGAAAGAACUAAACUGGACGCCUCGCUCCAGUGCUAUAACUGGACCCUCAAUCUUGGCAGCAGGUGGAAGUCCUUCUUUGAGACAGUGCACAUUUACUUGCGCAGCCGUGUCAUCACCGACGAUCCCGUAGUCAACGAGACCCUUUUUUACGAACCGCUGGACCUGGACGACCAGUCGGCCAAUCUGGGCUACAUGAAAAUCAACAGCAUGAAGGUGUUUGGCUACAGCAUGCACUUUGACCCAGAGGGGAUCAAAGACCUGAUCCUGCAGUUGGACUACCCAUACACGCAGGGCUCCCAGGACGCGGCCUUCCUCAUGCUAUUGGAGAUGAGGGACCGCAUCAACAGGCUCUCUCCACCUGGAGCCCAGUUGUUGGACCUCUUCUCAUGCCUGCUGAGGCACCGGCUCAAGCUGUCGUCCAGCGAGGUUGUGCGCAUACGGGAGACGCUGCAGAGUUUCAAUGCCAGACUCCCUAAUUCGUCCGAGCCAGAACUCAGCCAGCUGUGCAGCUAGCUCGGAUGAGAGCUUGUGACUCAUUUUUGCCAGCGUGUGAGAAUGUAUUUGUAAAUGAGAUGAGAGAGGAAAAAUAAAUAUAUUGUCAGUGUGUGUGUGUAUGUGUGUGUAAAUGUUUGUGGAUGAGAGUGGCUUUGAAGCAUCUUCCUUUGGGAACCGGUUGUAACAAACAGCAUUUUCAAUGGACUGCUAUACUAUAGGAACAUAGAAGUUGUUGUAUAUUCCCUCACUGGGAAAAUCUUGUUGAAGAAGAGGGAAUCUAGCCUACGGUCAAGUCUACUCAGUGUCUUUGAGUAAGGGUUUCCUUUGAUAGAAUGGGGAUUUAACUUAAGGGGACGGCCUACUCGAUGAUCCGAUCAAACAUGGAAAGAGAACAUUUUAAGCGAAAAUAUAUACCUGCAUUUUCUUAGCACGUACAGUAAGUGCUGAUGCCGUAGGUCUUUUUGGGCAAUGUCAUUGUUUGAAAAGCAGAGAAUCGACGAUAAGGAUUACAAUCUGUAACAUUUUGGAGAACAGUUGUAUAAAGGAUUUAACAAUCGACAAAUAAUUCAAUACUUGCUUUUCUAUUUUAUCUGGAGUCGCAAAUCCUGUAUCGUGAGAUCUGUAUAUCUGUAUUUAAUGUCGGAUUGAAUUUCCGGAAUGUCGGACAGAAAUUUCUUUGUAUUCAGAGAUAUGGCCAAACCAAAAGGUGAUAUGAAAGUAAAUUCAGUGGCAACAUUUCUAUAUUGUUUUUUAUGUCCACUGCAGUCUCUUUUAAGGAAAUAACCUUAAGGUAACAUACUUACAAUAUCGCUUUGAAAUCGGUUUGUGGACAGCUUUGUAAAUAUUGCUUCAUCUCAUUCAAGAAAAGAUUCACAGCGCUUCUUGGAUAUAUAAAGAUAAACACCUGUAUUUGUACUUUUUUGAAAGUGCAAGACCAAAAAACAACACUUCAACACAAAACAGUUGCCUUAUGAAGUGAAGUCUCUGUUCUGAUAUCAAAGCACACUUGGCUGUAUGUGUCUCUCUCCCUCUCUCUCUCUCUCUCUCUGUCUGUCUCUCUCUUUAAAAUCUCUUUAAAAACUAUCCUUCAGCUUUUUCAGUAGUUCUUGUUAUUUUCCUCUAUAUUAAAUUCUCAUUACAAUUCCAGUGACCUUUAAUCUGUAAAUUUUUAAUUGAAGUAUUAUAUGAGAAGUGCAUUUUGUGUCAUCUAUGUGCAAAUACAGAAUUACAUUUACAUUA